ACCAGGACCUGCGAAUCAAGACGACCCUAACCCCAAGUUGCCCUACCUCACAACAACCCACCAACUUACAGUCUGUACAAAAGCUGUACAUCUCUUUUUAUUAUUCUCUUUCUCGACCUUUCUCUCUUUCCCUGGUGAAGUUUCACUCAGCAUCACUUCUAUAAAUACCAACGUGAACCUCUCAAGCUUGUAUCACUCACAAGGAAAGAUAUUGUUUUGGUUACAUUUUAGUAGAGCUACAAACAUCUAGUUCAGACAAAAUGAAGGUUUUCCUAACAAGUUUGCUUCUUGUUUCACUGCUGCUAUGCUCUUCUUUCUUCCAAUGCAGCGUUGCUUACUCUAAAAGUGAAGCGCCUCUACCUCCUGUUGCUCCCGGUCCUGGUUUGGAAGGGUUUUGUGAUGCGAAGUGCGAGGGGAGAUGUGCGGAAGCUGGAUAUGAAGAACGUUGCAAGAACUACUGCAUGAUUUGUUGCAGAGCCUGUAAGUGUGUUCCUUCUGGGACUUACGGAAACAAGUCGGAGUGCCCUUGCUAUAGGGACAAGUUAAAUUCCAAGGGGAACCCCAAGUGCCCUUGAAUUCAUCAUAUUAUAUUAUUAUU